AUUCGGUCGUGCCAACAUGAAAAUGUCGCAUAAGACUUAUUUUCGUUACAACAUGAGGCUGUGGAUUCUUCCAGUUUUACUCUUGUUCAUCUCCACUCAUAUUUUCGCCGAUAAUUAUGUGGAUACUUCCGACAACGAUUUUGCCGAAUUCGAAGAUGAGGAAUUCGUCGAUAGCAAACUUGAAGAAGUUGUGGUCGAAGAAACUAAAGAAACUGAAUUUAUAGAAGACGAAGACGAUGUGCAAGUGGACGAUGAUAACGAAUUCGAACAUUUUGAAGAUCAUGAAGAAUUUGAAGGUUAUCAGUCAAAAGAAGAUGAAGUCAAACCAAAGACUGACAAAGAACCCGAGAUUAAAAUAGUUGAAGUACCGCAACACGUCAGGCAAAACUGGGAGAGUUACUAUUUGGAAAUACUGAUGAUAUCUGGUCUGUUUAUUUACUUUAUUAACUUUAUAACUGGCAAGAGUAAGAAUAAUAAGAUUGCAAAUACUUGGUUUGAAAAACACAAGCAACUUUUGGAAGAAAAUUUUGCACUUGUUGGAGAUGACACAAACCUAGACAAAAAUGAAACACCAGGCCUGUACAAAGAAAGUGAAAAUGUCUACAAUUUGUGGUGUAGUGGCCGAAUUUGUUGUGAAGGCAUGUUAGUUGAAUUAAAACUGAUAAAACGUCAAGACAUCAACGCGAUAAUCUCUGGUAUCAUGAGACCAACAGUAGAUCAAAUUAAUAUACAAGUCAAAAUGAACAAAGAAGACAUGGAUACAUUUGUAUUCUGUGUAGCAACCAAGAAAACAGCUUUACAUUUCUCUAAAGACAUUGCUGACAUUAGCUUGUUCUGCCCUGAACGCAAAUCAGGUGACAAGUUCAACCUCCCAGCCAAUUUCCAAGUCAUGGGAGAAAUUGCAGAGGCUACAUCAGCAAUGUUGGACUCAAAAGUCACAGCCAUCUUGAACAAAUAUCCAGAUUUAGUGGAGUACAUACACAUUUCCGAUCAGUACACAGGAGCUAAACAGACUGAAGACCAGGCACCACUUAAACUACCUGAGACUGAGAAGAUGUUGUUGUUUGGGUUUAACAUGCCAAUGAAAGGAAUUACAUUAGAAGAAGCAGUUGCAAGAACCACUCCCCUGAUGAACAUGGUGUUUUAUCUCAUAGAUAAAAUGAAGAGAUAUAGACUUUCCAAAGAAGGAAAACACAAGGCUGAUAAGAACCGCCAACGAGUCGAAGAGGCUUUCCUGAAAUCCACUCAUCAAGCAAGGGCUGAGGCCGCAGCGGCACGUCGCGAAGAAAAACGUCGGUUGGAAAAAGAAAAAGUGAUGGCCGACGAUGAUCCUGAACGUCAAAGACGUUGGGAAAUCAAGGAGGAAAAACGUCAGGCCAAAAAACGCGCUCCCAAAAUGAAACAACUUAAAGUCAAAGCAUUGUAACAGUGCACAGAGUUGAUUUUAUUAGUAAUCAUGUGCAAUGUAGAUUAACUAAAGUAUUUGUUGUUUACUUAUUUCCGUCGUGCAUUGUAAAUAAUCCAUUGCAUUGUCAAUAAAAAUAUUAUGCGAA